AUGAAGAAAGUUUUAGAAGUUCGUAACAAUGCUGAUUCUAGAUGUUUUCAAGAUGAAGAAAAUUUUGCAAUAGACAUGAUAAGUAAAACUAGUCAAGAGAAUGAGUGGGUUAUUCCAAUGAUUGUUGAAGAUUUAUUAAUUCCAUUCAAAAUUGACACGGGUGCACAGACUAAUUGUCUUCCCUUCAAAGAUUUCAAGGCCAUGCAAAAAUCUAAAAGUAUUAAAAUCAGCAAUUCAAAAGUGAAUCUAGGAAGCUGUAACAGUAUGCCUAUAGAAAAUUGUGGAAGAUGUGUGUUGAAUGUAGAAUUUAAAGGUAAACAUUAUAAAAUUGGUUUUACCAUAGUAACCAAUAAGCAUGCUCAACCAAUUAUCGGAUGCGAUUUCAAAAUUAAAAAUGGAACUCCCAAUGAAAAUCGUGUACCACUAACUAAUACAACGUUAGAAAACAAUUUCUUGGUUUUUGAAGCAGGUUCAAAUCCGAUAGAAACAAUUAAACACCCUGGGGAAUUCGACACAAUGUUGAAAACAGUUUUAUAUCCUAAAGAUUUCCAUUCAGUCUCAGGUUGGAUACCCGAUGUUGGCGAUGGAAGUGUUUUAAAAGAACCGGUACGAAAUGAUGCUGAUUAG